GGGGCCGUGGGGUGGAGAGCUACCGUACGCUGACGGGCUGGUUCCCGCGGAGUCGCCUGGGACUGUCGGUGUUGUCCCGCCCAGGAGUUGCCGCGGGAGGCGAUGGCCGAGCCGGCUCCGUUACCUCUGACUUUUGAGGAUGUUGCCAUUUAUUUCUCGGAGCAAGAAUGGCAGAACCUGGAGGCAUGGCAGAAGGAGCUUUACAAGCAUGUGAUGAGAACCAAUUAUGAGAUGCUCAUCUCUCUAGAUGAUGGACUUCCCAAACCGGAACUGAUAUCCUGGCUUGAACAGGGGAGAGAGCCCUUCAGGGACUGGAGAGAAUCACAGAAAUCAGGAAACAUAAUUUGCUCCUCUGCUGAUUUGCAUUUUGAUCCAGUUAUUGAGGGACAGCUGUUUUGGGGAAGCCAGCAUGCUGUGAAUUCAGGAGAAACCAAAUGCCAUUUCCAAGUAGAUCCUCUUCAGAGCCAGUAUCCCGUUGGCCCCUUUAUUGGAGAAAGGGAAGGGCUUUCCUCCAAGCCUGCCCAGGGCAUCACCCUCAUGAGCCCACAGAGACAGGACGCUCAGGCUCUAACUCCAGUAGUCCACGGCUGCAGCGAAUCUACCCAAAGAGAAGGAAACCCAGGUCCCAUAAAUCUGGAUGUCCCUGGUUUGCAGGAAGUCCCCUCCUGGAACAGCGACCAGCACCCCUGCCCUGUCUGCGGGGAAAGCUUUUGGAAGAAGAACCACUUAGUAAAUCACCAGAGGAGCCACUGGAAGGACCUGCCUCGAGCCUGGAAGAAAUUAGGCAGACGAGCGGAUGUGCAGCCGCAGCAGAGUGCCCCUCGGGCACAGAGGCACUUAACAUGUCACCAGUGUGGUAAGAGUUUGCUGAAACAUCUGGCUGCCCAUCCAGGGAAGAGCCCAUUCCAGUGCCCUGAGUGUAAAAUGUACUUCCGGCAGGAGCGGACCCUUCUCAGCCACCACCCCGUGCGUACGGAGGAGAAGCCUUCCCAGUCCCCGGAAAACGACCGGAGCUUUCCCGCGGUGGACAGCGCGCAGGCCCUCCAGUGCCGGCGGGGCGGGGAGAGGCCAGCCUCCUGGAGAGAAGGCCACGGCGCUCUCGCCAGUGCACACUCGGGCCAGAAGCCAGGCCCGUGCCUGGACUGUGACACACAGACUCAGCCGCCCAGCCCCGGCGUGGAGAGGCCCUGCUCGUGCACGGAGUGUGGCAAGGGCUUCCCUACGAGGUCCCUGCUCGCCAACCGCUUCAGGGUGCGCUUGGGAGAUAAGCCCUUCCAGUGCCCAGAGUGCGACAAGCGCUUCCGCCUGAGCCGCCUGCUGGAGGUCCACCUGCGCGUGCACGGCAAAGAGAGACCCUUUUCCUGCGGGAAGUGUGGCAAGGGCUUCACCAGACAGGGCAGACUCGCAGAGCACAUCCGGGUCCACAGUGGGGAGAAGCCUUUCUGGUGUGCAGAGUGUGGCAGGAACUUCCGCCAGAGGGGACAGCUGCUGAGGCACCAGCGGCUGCACGCGGACGAGAAGCCCUUUCAGUGUCCGCAGUGUGGGCUGAGCUUCCGCCUGCAGAGCAUGCUCACCGCCCACCGGCUGCGGCACGGCGCCGAGCGGCGCUUCUCCUGCAGCGAGUGUGGCAAGGGCUUCACCCACCAGUGCAAGCUGCGCGAGCACCUGAGAGUGCACAGCGGGGAGAGGCCCUUCCAGUGCCCGGAGUGCGGCAAGAGCUUCCGCGUGAAGGGCGCCGUGAAGGCGCACCAGCGCACCCACAGCGCGGAGAGGCCGUUCUCAUGUGGCGAGUGUGGCAAGGGCUUCAUCAGACAGUCCAAGCUCGCGGAGCACUUCCGCGUGCACAGCGGGGAGAGGCCCUUCCAGUGCCUGCAGUGCAGCAGGAGUUUCCGCCUCAAGGACCAGCUGCUCAGCCACCAGCGCCUGCACACGGGGGAGAGGCCCUUCCAGUGCCCGGAGUGCGGCAAGAGCUACCGCGUGAAGGCCUACUUGAAGGCGCACCAGCUGCGGCACCGCGAGGAGAUGCCGUUCUCUUGCAAGUGUGGCAAGGGGUUCGCCAGACAGUCUAAACUUGUCGAACACAUCCGGACACACACGGGAGAGAAGCCUUUUCAGUGUCCGAAAUGUGACAAGAGUUUCCGCCUGAAGGCACAGCUGCUCAACCACCAAGGCCUGCACACGGGGGAGAGGCCGUUCCGCUGCCCCGAGUGCGAUAAAAACUUCCGCGAAAGGGGACACAUGCUGAGGCACCAGCGCAUACACAGGCCCGAGAGGCCCUUCGUCUGUGGCGACUGUGGGAAAGGCUUCAUUUAUAAGGCUAAACUUGCUGAGCACAUCAGAGUACACACAAAGUCCUGCCCUGUUCCAGAUAAGCCUGACGUUAAGAAAAGGCUUAGCCAGCUGUUAGCAAUGAUAGAGGCUGACUGGAGCUGAGGCAGACCAGGACAGCCAAAGCACUGAGCAGGAUGAUGUUGGCCGGGCGCCCACAGCCAAACCUACUAGUAGACGGAUUUUAGGAGCAGGGGUCCUUGGAGCAAGAAUGCAAUACAAGUUAGGAAUAUGAGAAACCACAAAAGAUUUUCUGUGCCGAAAAAUCACCAGUUAUAUUUCUUGUCCAUUGAUACAAAGAGAAAUUUGUUCUUCCUGCCAUCGUAGGUGAUGAUUUUCGCCCAACUGCCAAGCCAGCUGUAAAGUCCCAGCUUGAAUUAAGACAGAAGAAAUCCCUCCAGUACCAUUCUCAAAGCUGAACGAAUAGGGGGCAAUUUUUUUUUCCCCCAGAGUAUAAUCCUAAACUGUGGAUUAAAUCCAGUGAAUCUUGUUGCAGGCCUAAUAUGCUGUUGGGUUUGGAUUGAGUUCAUUUAUUUUCAAACUGAUAGCAAUAAAAUGAAUUGCCCAAA